AUGGCAUCCUGGUUAUGGCCUAAAGAGUUCGGAUUUUUGCAGUAUCUGCGGCUGAAAGCAAUCGCCAUCCUCUUUCGAUCACUUGGAUUUCUAAGUGAUCCCUUCAGGAUCCGCCGACAGAGACAGCUAGUAUCCCCCAAAGUGCGACAAGAACGUGUCCAGAUACCAUCCCGCGACAAGGGUCGGUUCAUCGCUGGCGACUUGUAUUACCCACCAGGAUACACAUCUUCAUCGCCAGCGCCGAUCCUAAUACAUUGGCACGGGAGCGGGUUCGUCAUCCAAUACCUACGCUUGGACGCGCUGUUCUGCUCUCGAAUUGCCGAAGAGGCUGGGAUCGUAGUGCUGGACGCCGACUACAGAAAGGCGCCUGAGCACCCCUUUCCUUGCGCACCGCAGGACGCGGAAGAUGUACUCCGAUGGCGCGUCGCCGUGAGCGGGUUUAGCUCCGGAGCGACCCUGUCCUUGGUCGCGGCAACGGUGCUACGGAAGAAGCUGUCACACGUCGUCAACGUCCCGCUGGUUAUCAGUGUCUACCCGGCGACAGACUUCACCAUUCCAGUGGAGGAGAAGACGGUCCCCAACCCGGUCAGAACACUCCCGGCGCCCGUGCUGCGUUUCUUUCGUGAUGCUUAUGUCCCUAAUGAAGCUGUGAGGAGUAAUCCCGCAGCAUCGCCGGCAUUCGUAGACCCGGCUGACUUUCCGGACACCACCGCGAUUUUGGCUGCCGACGGCGAUACGCUAUGGCCGGAGGCUGAUGCACUGGCCGAGAAGCUCAAAGACAAUGGUCGAAAUGUGGUCAAACACGUAUUCAGAGGUGUUGCUCAUGGAUUCGAUAAGCGUGUAGCGGAAGGGUCCCUAGAAUGGACGCGGAGAGAGGAGUUGGUCGGGAUAUCCGUCAAGCUGCUGAAACAGGCGUUCCGGCUGUGAUGAAUUCAGCGAUGGCGUGCCAAUGAUAU